CUAUUGGCUGAGAGGACGCGACGUGCUCCUGACGUCACUGAGCGGCGCCGCCAGAUCCGGGGACCACACCGGGUCUUUGAUUGCUGGGCGCGUGGCGACGGGGUCCGGCGGCGGCCCGGCUCGCUCUGGCCGUGGCCGAGCUGGUGUGGCGGCUCCCGUGCGGACGUGGACGGAGCGGGCGCGUUGCAGGAAUAAAAGGGAAGCCAUGCGUAAGUCCGAGUGCCAAGGGGGCGUGCAGUUGAGAAGCAGAGUGUCAGGUAACUGUAAUCAGAGGACGUCGGCAGGCACGCAAGUACAACAAAGGACUACCAUUCAAGGAAGCAAAUCCUCUUCAUCAUCGACAAGUUCUCCAGAGUCUGCAAGAAAACUUCAUCCUCGUCCAAGUGAUAAACUUAAUCCUAAAACAAUUAACCCGUUUGGUGAACAGUCACGAGCCCCUUCUGCAUUCGCUGCUAUUUACUCUAAAGGAGGUAUUCCUUGCAGGUUGGUCCAUGGUUCGGUAAAGCACAGAUUACAGUGGGACUGUCCUCCUGAGAAUCUUCCAUUUGAUCCUCUUCUUAUUACUUUAGCUGAGGGGCUGAGAGAGACUAGACACCCAUUCACGUUUGUGUCCAAGGAGGGUUUCAGAGAAUUACUUUUAGUCCAAGGUGCUCCUGAAAAAGCCGUGCCUUUGCUCCCUCGAUUGAUUCCUGUGCUGAAGGCUGCUCUGGUUCAUUCUGAUGAUGAAGUGUUUGAGAGAGGACUGAAUGCGCUGGUCCAGAUAAGCGUCACUGUCGGUCCUUCUCUAAACGACCAUCUAAAGCAUCUGCUUACAAGUCUUUCCAAGAGACUAAGGGACAAGAAAUUCAAGGAGCCAAUCACCAGUGCAUUACAAAAACUAGAGCAGCAUGGUGGAAGUGAAAGUCUUAUCAUCAUCAAAUCUAAAAUUCCCACAUACUGUUCAAUCUGCUGUUGAAUACGGAGCCAACAAACAUCUUACUAGAUCCGACAGAUGCUAAAUACUGACACUGGUAUCUCUGGAGCUUUCCAGGUUCAUUUCCUGUUCAUUCUUUUGAAAUCACAGCUAACAUUCAUUAUUUCCUGGCUUAAGAUGAGCGUCCACGAUCCCACUGAAUCAUAGUAAGUUAUUAUUCGUCAACAGAAAAACAAAGAGUGGUGAUGAUGGAAAGCUAUUAAAAACAGUUCUUUACUAGGA